AUGAACAAGGACCCCAAAACAAGAAAAAAAAAUCCCUGCGAAGUUAGACUCACAAAAACGUAUGCUCAAGAUGGAUCGUCUUGGAACAAGAUUUCUAUUAAAGCUGGAAGCUCUCGUGCUCCGAAGAAGCGGCUAUUGACAAAAGGGCCUGCCGAAGAAAUGGAAGACCUUGCGGGCUCCGGAACCGAUUGGUCUAAUGGCUCAUUAUUUCCAGAGUUCGAUCAAGGUCGAAUCCCAUCACGUAAGGCACGGAUCACUAUUUGGUCAGGGGUAAUCUCUUUCUGCUCCAACAGUGAAGUUAAGAAUGAUACGGACCAAGUGGGGCUAAGAGACCAAGAAUGUUUGGACAGAGAUGAGUAUAGGAAGGCGCUCAAGGGAAUAACGGUUCUUGCGGAAAAGAAACGCUCCAAAAAGGAUGUUGCGUGGUCUGAGGAGGGAAAACUUCUAUCGUCAUCCGAUAUUGUGACGAAUAGGGUUUUUAAAGACGUUGUCGGUAGGAGAGAGCAUCGUGAAGGCAGAGUGGUGGAUAGGAUGAAAUUUUAGCAACCUGAGAACUCUUUGGCAGGUAAAACAACUUUUAGAUCGGGUUCCUGCCUUCAAGAAAAUAUAUUUUGAAUCAUUUGCGUGUGCGUAUUCUUUAGCUUGAGAGAAGAAGUAAUCGCUUUAAUGUUUUUAUUUAAUAACUGAAUGGACAUUGGUUAAGAUUAUCAGUUACAUUUUGAGUAUUUUAAGUAAGUGUUAUUGCAAAAAAUUAUAGAAUUGCCUUAAAAUAUGGCGGAUAUGCUCUACGAUGCGAGUUUAUG